AUGUCCGAGCAAGAUAGACUAAGCGCGGAGCAAAGAAGAGAGGAGUCGCAUGUAACCCAGUCCCAACUGCUAGCCGAAGAGAUGGCUAUCUUCCAUCUCCUACUUCAGAAGCAGGAUGAACCACAAUCCAAGGAAGAACACGCUGAAAGCAUCAACGAGGUCGCAAAUGUCAAUGACAAAAAGUUGACCGAAGCGCAAGCAGCCCGACUAAGACAGACGGUCACAAUAUCCGCUUUAGCAAGCACUCUCAAGAAAACAGCAUCGGAUUCGGCGCCAGGUCCUGACGGCCUGACCUUCGAGUUCUGGAAGCACUUCCGGAAGAGAGCAGCCGAAAGGAAGAAACAGAGGAAACCCUACUUCUGCCCGAUCACCCUCAUACAUGCAGCAUUCGACGACAUCGAAAAACACGGCCUGUGCGAAGCCGCCCACAUAAACGACGGACUACUGUGCCCAAUAUACAAGAAGGGUCCGAGAGACUUACCGCAAAACUACCAGCCGAUAACGCUCCUAAACACAGACUACAAGCUCUACACGAAGUGGCGCUCUCUCCUCCUUGCACCCGUCAUGCCAUACCUGGUCUCCAAAGACCAAGCCGGCUUUCUCGCCAGACGCUCCAUAUACGACAACGUAGCCCUAGCAAGAAUGGUCAUGGCGCAUGGAGAAGUGAAGAACAAAAACGGCGUACUAGUAUUACUAGACCAGGAAAAGGCCUACGACAAGAUAGACCUUGACUACCUGUGGAGUGUGGUCCGAGCCUACAACAUCCCCGAAGAAUGGAUCGCCCCUGUUGAAGCACUCUACGCGAAAGCGACAUCUAAGGUGAUCAUAAACGGAGUAAUGAGCCAACCAUUCGAGCUCACCAGAGGGGUCCGCCAAGGAGACCCGUUAUCAUGCCUCCUCUUCGUCCUCGCGAUCGAACCCCUUGCCGAAAUGCUUCGCAAAUCAGAACUCAAAGGGAUUGAAACCCCAAACUCAAUGGAGUGUCUCAUAACUACGCUCUUUGCAGACGACACGAUAGUAUUCCUUAACUGCGACGAUGACUUCGCGACACUUGAACAAAUUCUAACCAACUGGUGCAAGGCAUCAAGAGCAAGGUUCAAUAUAGCAAAAACCGAGAUCAUCCCCUUCGGAGAUGAAGCAUUCCGAAGAGACUUCAUCAACGACAGACGAGCGAAACCCUCCCACCAGCGCAUUCCCAACAAUGUACGCAUUCUCCCGGAUGGAGAGGCCGCACGCCUCCUCGGAGCCCGAGUAGGCAACAAGCUCUCCCCGGAUACAAUCUGGGGCCCAACCUUACAAAAACUAGAAGCGAGAAUGGCCUUCUGGUCGGAAAGAGACCGCUACCCAGACCUUCGCGUGCAAAAGAUGUUUGCAGACUGGCUCCCUGCGGGAAUGACACAAUUCCUCGCAAUGUGCCAAGGUAUGCCAAAGUACAUAAUUGACCGAGUAACCAAACUCCAACAAAACUUCAUAUGGAAAGGCUCUCGCUACCCGACAAUCAACAUCAAGCAGCUUCAGCGCUCCAAGUAUGAAGGAGGCCUGGGCCUCAUCGACCUACACGCCCGCAUCAAAGCCAUACAAGUGAUGAGGAUCAAGCGCUGGCUCAACGGAGAGGAACAACCAAGAUGGGCGAAUUUUGCCAACGCCAUCAUAGCAUCAAGGGUAACCCAAGAAGAAGAAGCCCGAUCCGACGAAGAACUCAGGUGGAACCCCUUCACACAGGCGUGGUUGCCCCCGGGAAACAGCCACCUAGCGAGCCACUGGCCGCAGGAACUUCAAGAGAUAAUGAACACCGCCAGUAAACUAGACAUCGCGCUACACAUCCUAUUCCCCUCGCAGGAACUCAGGAAGCGCCUCCCAAUCUGGAAUCACAUAGCCCUGACAUCCACCAACCAACGUAUCAGAGUGAAAGUCCGAAACCUCCUGAGACUUGAAACAUCUGAAUGCCUGUGGAAAGAACACGGGGUCAGCACUGUUGAAGACCUCGAACGAAUAGCGAACUCGCGCAAAACACCACUCAUCACGAAGACGCGGAAGACUGCAACUGCGACCCUUGCGGGAACAAACGCGAUCAAAGCAUCGCGCUGGAACCCCAAAACUCCAGACCCACCAAACCCCCACGGAAACGAACACCCAACUGCCCUCUCGAAAAAGACAGCGAAGCAAGAAGGUGAAUGCGCGCCAAUCACAGCGCCCCGCACCCUAAUCUCUGGCAACGAGAUAGCUGAUGCAAUACGCCUCUUCGCGCCCCAACCCCCCUCUCAAAUCAAAGCCAAAGCCCGAUACGAAGCUUGGCACAACGCGGAGGCAGCUGCCUUCGCCGACUCCCGUACAAACCCGAACACCAACGUGGAAGAAAUAACCGCGGAAGUCAUCGCCGCUAUGCUCGUCACCGACGAUGAUAUCAUUACUCGCCACGGAGCCCUGCUACACCCCGAAGGGUCCCAUAAGUACAACCUCCCUCAAGAAUUUGAGAUACGCCCGCAAUGCUCGACACAGGAGAACAACCCGAUUAGACCGCUGAUCCUGGCCACCAUACAGGCAAUCGACCUAACAGACCAAAAGGCGACAUUAAUCAUCAGAACCACGGAAUUGAAGUUUGCAUCCAUACUCACUGAAAAGAAGCAAGCCGAGGAAGACCUCGACCUGCUGAACCUGCGAAGCGCAGACGCAUGGCGGACCUUGUUUGCGAAAGUCAACCAACGAUCCGGCGUAACCAAAGUAAUCCUCACCAGUGCAUCGUCCACAGAGGCAAAGAACCUCCUCUCGGAAGCGUCGAACGAGCCAGAGAACCAACACAGCGACCUUACAAACGACGAUUCAGUCGAGAGAUGGCGCCCAAAAGGAGCCAUACUUUCGAAAAUGACCCAGAAACUGGCCUACAAGUUCAUCAAAUGUGAACAUCCGAUUACCGACAAAGAAACACCCACUAUACACCUGGCAAUGGCGAGACACGCCGCCUGCGAACAAAACGGCUCCCUUCCCUCCAACGCCGCCGUCUGGGCAACUACAUGGAGUAAAGACCUAAAGACCAAUGAUCAGGAAUGGCUUUGGAAGACUAUUCAUGGCGGCUUCAAAAUCGGAAAAUACUGGGAAUCCAUCCGCAACUACGAACAACGAGGCCGCUGCUCCCUGUGCGACGCGGAAAGAGAGUCGAUGGAACACGUACUAUUCGAAUGCGACAUUCCAGGCGCAGCUGAAGUGUGGGAGGAAGCAAAGAGCCUCUGGGAGCGGAACGGCUCCGGCCCCUGGCCGACAGGGAACCAGUUCGGCGUCAUCAUGGCUGCCGGCUUGAUGCGAUUCAAGCGUAACAGGAAACGCAACCGCGGAGCAGAACACCUAUUCCGUAUUAUAGUCUCGACGGCAUGCAGAACCAUAUGGAACAUUCGAUGCGAGCGGGUCAUACAAGAGAAAGAAAUCUCAGCCUCGGAAGCGAAGGUAAGAUGGUGGUCAAACAUCAAGAAGAGGCUGAACGUCGAUCAAGCCAUGACGAGCAAACGGUUCGACAACCUUGCCAUUUCCAGGCAGAGAGUACAUGACACAUGGUACAAUAUCCUCAAAAAGGACAACCUCCCGCAAGGGGAAUGGAUCGGUAGAGGAGUGGGGGUUUUAGUGGGUAGCAACUCGCUCGCAAGCGAGUUCGGAAUCACAUAG